CAUCACGACUUUGUGUGUAUUCAUGACUUAUCUAUCCUAUGAAUCGUCAACAAAGACACAGACAUAGACAUGGAUGACAUUCACGGGAAAUCGCUUGUCAUGUAUUUCAUAUUAUUUUUUUGUUUUGUAUCACUUGCGGGAUGUGAUAAAUACCGGAUUGGAGUUGGUAUCGGCGAUAUCACUGGCCCGGCCGCAGAUAUUAACAUGAUGGGUUACGCAAAGCCGGGUCAGGACACCCAUGGCAUCCAUUUAAGACUCUUCAGCAGAACCGCUAUCAUUGAAGACCUCUCGGGAAACAGAGUUUGUUUCGUC